CCGCUCUUCCUCCCGCACCCCUAUUCCCCAUCCCUCCGCCCGCCUCCUCCUCCUCCGCAUCCCAUUCUCCCCCAAAUCGGCCGAGUAAACCCUAGCUAAACCCCGACCUCCGCCGCCGGCGAGCGAGAUGAACUUCAAGGGCGCCAGGAUGCCGAGCGCGCCGGCGGGCGCGGGCGCGCUGGUCAAGCUCGGGCUGCUCGGCGGCGCCGCGCUCUACCUCGGCAACAAGACCCUCUACAACGUCGAGGGAGGCCACCGGGCCAUCGUCUUCAACCGCCUCGAGGGGAUCAAGGACAAGGUCUACCCCGAGGGGACUCACAUCGUCAUCCCGUGGUUCGAGAGGCCCAUCAUCUACGACGUCCGCGCGCGACCCAACCUCGUCGAGAGCACCUCCGGGAGCCGGGAUCUCCAGAUGGUGAGAAUUGGUCUUCGUGUUCUUACACGACCCAUGCCAGAGAGACUACCAACUAUGUACAGGACCCUGGGGGAGAACUACAAUGAGAGAGUGUUGCCUUCGAUCAUUCAUGAAACACUCAAAGCUGUGGUUGCCCAAUACAAUGCCAGUCAGCUAAUCACACAGAGAGAGGCUGUGAGCAGGGAGAUCAGGAAGAUUCUGACAGAGAGGGCGAAGAACUUCAACAUCGCUCUGGAUGAUGUGUCCAUUACCAGUCUAAGCUUUGGUAAAGAGUUCACUCAUGCCAUUGAAGCCAAACAGGUUGCUGCUCAGGAAGCUGAGCGUGCCAAGUUCAUUGUUGAGAAGGCUGAGCAAGACAAGAAAAGUGCAAUUAUCAGGGCACAGGGAGAGGCAAAGAGUGCAGAGCUGAUUGGCAAUGCCAUCGCCAACAACCCUGCUUUCGUGGCGCUCAGGCAGAUUGAAGCCGCCAGGGAGAUCGCCCACACCAUUGCAGCCUCCAACAACAAGGUGUUCCUCGACUCGGGUGACCUGCUGCUUGGGCUCCAGUCGCUCAAGAUGUUGAACAACAACAACAAGAAAUGAGACCGUCUCCUGUAACGCAUGUUGCGGCUGCCGCCAGCCUUGUCUACAUGGAAGAAGAGUACUUUUGAGAGGAACGAACGCUUAGUUUCUAGCAUUCCCGACCCGAAAACAAGAAAGACGCCCUUGCUACUGUGAAUUAUUUGUGCACUUUUCAAGUGAACCUGUCAGCUGCUACCGCUGUGCGUAGCUUAUAACGUCUGGGCGGUUAUGUGGUGAUUAUAUUGGCCUUUUCAUGUUCA